CCGGCGUCGGGCGGGGAUGGUCCGUCUCUCGCUGACUGUUCUGUCCCAACCGCGCAGGCCGGGGCUCCGCACCCGGGAAGCGCUCAGGAGAUGCCCUCGCCUGCAUGAAUGUCGCCCGAGUGUCCGUUCCCGGCGCUGAGUUCAGGGUCCGCACCCGGGAAGCGCUCAGGAGAUGCCCUCGCCUGCAUGAAUGUUGCCCGAGUGGGACUGCCAUGGCUGCUGCCGUGAACCUGGAACUUGAUCUGGUUUUCUUGAAGGCUUUGGGCUUCCUGCAUUCGAAGAGCAAGGAUUCUGCGGAAAAACUGAAAGCCCUCCUCGACGAAUCGUUGGCCAGAGGCGUCGACGCGAGUUACCGCCCGUCCCAGAAGGAAGUGGAACAGCCCAAAGUGUCCAUCAGCAAACCGGUUUCCCUGAAGCAGGAGCCGAAAGCCUCCUCCACCCUUCCUUCCGGCGGUGCCGGCGGCAAGACCGGUACAACGGAAAAGGUGAAAAAGGAAGUUGAGAAAAGGCCCGCUGAGAAAAUCAAGAUCGACAUCGGUGAAGGCGUUGACAUUCCGAAGAAACCCAGAUUGGAGAAGGCGGAGGCUCAUUCCUCUCCCAUUACGGUCCAGACCAGCAAGGAUCUGUCCAUGCCCGACUUAUCCAGUUUCGAUGAGACCAGCGCUGAUGAUUUUGCCAUGGAGAUGGGAUUAGCCUGCGUUGUUUGUCGGCAGAUGACCGUGACAUCUGGCAACCAGUUAGUAGAAUGUCAAGAGUGCCAUAACCUCUACCACCAGGAUUGCCAUAAACCCCAAGUGACGGACAAGGAGGUGAACGACCCUCGUCUUGUGUGGUACUGUGGCCGCUGUACCCGGCAGAUGAAGAGGAUGGCUCAAAAGACCCAGAAGCCACCCCAGAAGCCAGCCCCUCCGGCGGUUUCUGUAGCCCCGGCGGUUAAAGAUCCACUGGUCAAGAAACCUGAAGCAAAACUCAAACAGGAGACGACUUUUCUGGCGUUCAAGAGGACAGAAGUCAAGCCCUCGGCAGCGGUGUCGGGGAACUCAUCCUGCACCAGCGUGUCCUCUUCGGCGGCCAGCGGCCUCACGGGCUGGGCCGCUUUCGCGGCCAAAACCUCCUCGGCGGGACCGUCGACGGCCAAACUGAGUUCCACGACGCAAAACAGCAGCGGAAAGCCAGCCGCCUCCUCGGCUAGCCAGAAGCCCGUGGGCUUGACCGGACUCGUGACUUCUUCUAAAACUGGACUGAGUUCAAAAAUAGGUUCAAAUAGCGGCGGCGGCGGCGGCGGCGGCGGCCCCUCCGGGCCGCUGAAGCCUCCGCCGCCCCUGACCUUAGGCAAAACGGGGCUUAGCCGCUCCGUAAGUAGCGACAGCAUCAGCAAGGUCGGCCUUCCCAGUCCCGGCAGCUCCGGGCCAGGCGGCGGCAACCAGCUGGGCAGCGGGAACGGAAGCGGCGGAGGAGCAGGGGCCUCGGGGAGUGCCGCCGGCAAAGCCGCUUCGGACCCUGGCAACCCGUCUCCCUCGUCCCUGAAGGGCCCCACGUCCCAGGAGUCCCAGCUCAAUGCUAUGAAGAGGUUACAGAUGGUCAAGAAGAAAGCCGCCCAGAAGAAGCUCAAGAAGUAGCAAAGUUUACGUGUCUGGUCAUCUUGUUUUGUCACUCGACAGUGAUCUUUCUCACAAGAACCAGAGAAUGUGAAAUAUUAUUUGAUUAAAAACACUCACGGCCUCUUA